AUGUUGGUGCUUCUUGCUUUCAUCAUCGUCUUCCACAUCACCUCCGCGGCCUUGCUCUUCAUUGCCACCAUUGACAAUGCCUGGUGGGUAGGAGAAGAGUUCUUCGCAGAUGUCUGGAGAGUCUGUGUCAACAACACAAACUGUACAGAGAUCAGUGACACUUAUGUUGAGUACACCACCCUGCAGGCCGUCCAGGCCACCAUGAUCCUUUCCACCAUUCUCUGCUGCAUUGCCUUCCUGAUUUUCGUGCUCCAGCUCUUCCGCCUCAAGCAAGGAGACCGAUUCGUCUUAACCUCCAUCAUCCAGCUCAUGUCCUGCCUGUGUGUCAUGAUUGCAGCUUCCAUUUACACAGAUCGGCGCAAGGACCUUCACCUCAAGAACACAGAGCUGUACCCCCAGGAGUUGAUGUCAGAGGGCAGAUAUGGCUAUGCCUUCACCCUGGCUUGGGUGGCCUUUGCUUGCACCUUCAUCAGUGGCAUCAUGUACCUAAUACUGAGGAAGCGCAAAUAA